GGACGGGAAGCGGAAUCUUGGCGCUGAGUUGACCCCGGCAUGUGGUGGUGCUUCGGCCGGAGUCGAGCGGCCUGGCGGAAGUUCGCCGUUUCUUUUCCCUCCGUGCCUGCCGCCCGUUCGCGAUGCGGGGGGCAAACCGUGCCGCGACGUUGGCUCAGCAGCCAACCGGAUUUGCGCGAGCUGUUCGCCAGACCGGCGCUUCGGCGCUACCUGGAUCAGCAUUCCCGGCCAGAAGAGCAGCCCGGCGGCUUCCGUUCGGCGUUGGCAGCGCGGAUUCGCCUCUUGAGAGACAAGGAAGAGGAGCUGCGUGAGACGGAGCGCUUGGCGCGAGAAGAUGAAAAUGAAGACUUGCGGAAGCUUGCAGAAAAGGAAGUUAUUUCCUGUGAGGAAGAGGUAGAAGAAUUGAGACAUCAGAUAGUAUCCCUUUUGAUUCCUUCAGAGAAAACUGACAAAAAUGAUCUCAUCAUAGAAGUGACUGCUGGAGUUGGAGGGCUGGAAGCAAUGUUGUUCACUGCUGAGAUGUUUGAUAUGUAUCAACAGUACGCAGCAUAUAAAAAUUGGACUUUUGAUACUCUGACAUAUACUUCCAGUGUUAUAGGUGGUUUAAGACAUGCAUCUGCCAGUAUAAAAGGCCUUGAAGCAUAUGGACAAUUUAAGUUUGAAGGAGGAGUACAUCGUGUUCAGCGUGUGCCAAAGACGGAGAAGCAAGGCCGCAUUCAUACCAGCACAAUGACUGUAGCAAUACUACCACAGCCAAGUGAGAUAAAUCUGACAAUUAAUCCUAAAGACUUAUGUAUUGAAACUAAAAGAUCCAGUGGAGCUGGUGGCCAGCAUGUGAAUACUACUGAUAGUGCCGUACGGAUAGUCCAUAUUCCCUCAGGUAUAGUAUCUGAAUGUCAACAAGAAAGAUCUCAAAUUAAAAAUAAAGAAAAAGCUAUGGAGCUUCUUCAUGCUAAACUAUAUAGCAUCAAACUUGAAGAACAAACAGUGAAGAUACAUACUGCCAGAAAGAUUCAGAUUGGGACCAAAGGAAGAUCAGAGAAAAUCAGAACUUACAAUUUUUCCCAGGAUCGGGUUACUGACCAUAGAAUAGGCAAGUCAAUACAUCACAUUGAAAAAUUCAUGCUGGGAGAAGAAUUGCUAGAUGAAAUGAUAGAGUCACUAAGAAAAUACAGUGAAUAUGAGGUGUUAAUGGAAGUUAUUUCAGAAAAUGAUGCAAGCAGACCAAAUUGACCUUCAUCAAAUCCCAGGCCAUAGGUAGGAAAGUGCUUUUCAAACUAGUUUGCUGCAUAUGUUUGCUUGCACAGAAUUGAUUUACAAUCCCAUACAUACUGUAUAUCAAUUUAUUUUGGUACUGCUUAACACCCAAACAAAUAUUGAUUACCUGUAACAAGGGGGUUGCAUGCACCCUACCCCAUGGCCUGGGUGAAUAGCCAGGUAUUUAAGGCCUUCCUAAAUGCCAUCAUGAUAUGAGCUGUCCAUAGCUUAGCGGGACUUUAUUCCACAGAACAGGUGCCACAACAGAGAAGCUAUGCUUUCCAGGUCCUGAAAAAUGACACUGAUCAAAGGGACCUGGAGCAUGCCCACUCUGUUGGCUUUUACUGACUGGGCAGAAACCACAAGAAAUAGGCUGUCUCUCAAAUAACUAGGCCCCAUGCCAUGUAGGAUUUUAUCAGUUAGGUGAUAACUAGCACCUUGAAUUGCAUCCAGAAGCAUACUUGCACCCUAGCGCAACACAAGGAAGUGGGCAAGGCUAAAAGCAUGCUGAGAUUAAAUGGCUAAAAUGGUGUAUUUUCUAAUUCGUUUCUGAAGGAUUUUUAUGUGUAUAUUAAAUUUAUAUGCUGCCUAAUUCCCAGGGACAGGGUGGCAUGAAAGCCUACUGCUGUUGUGAAAAAGCAUCAAUGCUCCAUGUAGGAACUGUUAAAUACAUGUAUUUAUUUAAUUUAUACAGCUGCCCAUCUCAAUGAGUAACUUUGGCGACUCUAAUUCUGGUGAACAGAAUUAAAAUAGAACAAAAACAAACAUUAUAAAAAUUAAAAAUUCAGGUAGCCAAGAAACAAUAACCCAAAUCACUAAUACAACCAAGAAGCUAAAUUCUAAAAACUGAGUUAUUAGACAAUGGUGAGAAAUUGGAAAACUGAGAAUAUGCCAGAUUUCAAGUACUUACUCAACAGUCAACUGAAGUUGAAGUGUUUAUUUGUUUUAUUUCUAGGCAGUCCAUUGGCUCUAGGCAAGUAGCAGUAAGAAACACUAGUAAGCUUCCAAAUAGUAAACUAAAUAUAGUACCAACAUUGUACAAAAAAUGAACACAGACUUUGUCUGCCAAAUUCUACAUUUUCAAACCCAGCAUACCCUCCUGUGCUUGAUGGAAAUAACCAGAUCUUAACCAGGUCUUGACAUAAUUGUGUCGUUGCAAUGUUACAUGAGUACAUAAAUGACAAUGGUGGAAAUUGAUGGAUAUAAGUGAAUUAUCCAGCCUACUUUGGCUAUAUCAGGCAUAGUUCGAACAUUAUCUUUUGGAGAUGUCCACGUUCAAAUUUAAUCUGUUACAUUUGAAGUCUUUUAAAUAGGAUAAAUAAAUAAACACUUCUCAAUAUAAGAAAAUGCAAUGUAAUGUAAUUUCUCUGUAAAUGCUAAGAUGAAUAUUUUUAUUAUAUUUUCAGUUUUGCAAGUUGUUUGGGACUUCCCAAAUAAAGCUAGCAUCUCUUGAUGUUCUAAAACUGCACUCAGUCAGCCUGAUAAUAUAUUUUUGUCAAGAUUGCAUCAAAGAUGUGAGAAUCUAGGAUUUUACUGAUCUAGUGGCUUUUUAAAAAAAACUUUUAAAAGUCUGCUCCUGACUUACAGCAACGCUUUUUCCAAAUUCUUGAGGAAAAAAAGAAUUCCCCAAUUCCUUUUCCAUUUGAGGGGAAACUCUUUGAGGUGCUUUCUGAGCUUGAUUGGUUUCUUGCAAACCUUUCAUUACCCAAACUAGGUAACAUCAUCAGGGCUAGUAAUGGGAGUUUGGUCUCAGAUUUCCUUUUCCAUUUAGGUAAUCAUGUAAGGCAAGUCAAAGCAAUCAUCUAUGUUAAGAAAAGAAAAGUCUCUGUGUAAAUGAUAAGGAAUUUAUAUUUUGUAAAAACUUUUACUUGAAAUAAAUUACAUUGAGAAUUA